AUGAGGAACCUCUACACGCAAGGCAAUCCGUGUAGAUGCUUAAUCGACACCGAUGUGGAGGCAUUGUGCCGCCUGACGCCUGACGGACUCUUAGGUGUGGAGCAGAGCGACAAAACAGACCAGUUUCUCGUGACGGACAGCGGCAGGACCGUCAUCCUCUAUAAGGUUUCUGAUCAGAAACCCUUGGGGAGCUGGUCAGUGAAACAAGGUCAAAUUAUAACAUGUCCAGCUGUAUGCAACUUUCAAACUGGAGAGUAUGUUGUUGUACACGAUAGUAAGGUUUUGAGAAUAUGGAAUAAUGAAGAUGUAAACCUUGAUAAAGUGUUUAAAGCUACAUUGUCGGCUGAGGUGUAUAGGAUACAUUCAAUACAGGGGACAGAACCCUUGGUGCUGUUCAAGGAAGGUGCCGUUCGUGGUUUAGAGGCCUUGCUUGCAGAGCCUCAGCAGAAAAUUGAAACUGUUAUCUCUGAUGAAGAAGUGAUUAAGUGGACAAAAGUUUUCAUGGUAUUUAGGCAUCCUGUUUUAAUUUUUAUUACUGAAAAAUGUGGAAAUUACUUUGCUUAUGUACAAAUGUUUAACUCAAAUAUCUUAAGUAAAUACACACUCUUACUUGGACAAGAAGAAAAAUCUAUUAUACAGAGUUUUACUGCAUCUGUGGAUCGGAAGUUCAUCUCUUUGAUGUCAUUAACCUCUGAUGGAUGUAUAUAUGAAACCUUGAUACCAAUACGUCCGAAUGAUCCAGAAAAAAAUCAGAGGGUAGUUAGAUCACUGUUGCUCAAGGCUGUCGUGUCUGGUAAUGCUCGAAACGGUGUUACACUCACUGUCCUGGAUCAAGAUCAUGUAGCAGUCCUGGGACCACCACUGCCAGCUUCUAAGGAAUGCCUCGCCAUAUGGAACACGAAAUUUCAGACACUGCAGGCUUCAAAAGAGUUACCACAAGGGACCAGCGGUCAGCUCUGGUAUUAUGGGGAAAAUUUGUUUAUGCUACAUGGAAAAUUUCUAACUGUAAUUCCAUACAAGUGUGAAGUGUCAUCAUUAGCAGGUGCUCUUGGAAAACUCAAGCAUAGUCAAGAUCUAGGCACUCAUGCCAUGCCUCAUUUUGUAAACUGGGAAACAUCUCAGGGGUGUGGACUUGAAUUCCAGGACUCAGAGCCGUCAAAGAGAAUCUUAAGGAGAAGGAAAAUUGAAGUGAGUGUAGAGCCAGAGUAUCCAGCAUCCAAGCAACUUUUAUCAACUGUAAAGAAAGAUUCAGAAAAACACAUCGAAGUAGAAGUACGUAAAUUUUUGGCUGUUAAGCGGACCCCUGACUUUCAGAUUGUUACUGGGGACAUAGUCACAGGACUUGUAGGAAGAUGUAGAGCAGAGCCAUCGUUUUAUCCCCGGAGCGCUCUGAUGCAGCUUAUUCAGACGCAUGUGCUUUCUUACAGCUUGUGCCCUGCCUUAAUGGAGGUUGCCUUAGAAAAGACAGACGUGCAGAUGUUGCAGCUCUGUCUGCAGCAGUUCCCUGACGUGCCUGAAUCAGUCAUCUGCACUUGCUUAAAGAUUUUCUUGAGCAUUGGUGAUGAUAGUCUUCAAGAAACAGACAUCAAUAUGGAGUCAGUUUCUAACUAUAGUGAUACUGUACAAGAUGAGAAAAUGGAAGAGCAAACUGAAAUUGUUCAGAACGGCUUCAGUCCUGAAGAGGAUAACUGUGGUCAAGAAAAGUCUCAGGCUGCAGCAGAGGAGGCCACUUCCUGUCCUGUGAUUCCAAAAAGAGCAGCUCUACUAAAUGCAAUUCUUCAUUCAGCCUAUAGUGAAACGUUUCUUCUGCCUCACUUGAAAGACAUCCCAGCACAACAUAUCACUCUAUUUCUCCAGUAUUUGUAUUUCCUUUAUCUAAAGUGUAGUGAAAAUGCUACUAUGACACUUCCGGGAAUACACCCUCCAACCCUGAACCAGAUUAUGGAUUGGAUAUGCCUUCUCCUAGAUGCUAACUUUACUGUUGUGGUAAUGAUACCAGAAGCAAAAAGGCUACUGUUAAGUCUUUACAAGUUUGUGAAAUCCCAGAUAUGCAUUUGUUCCGAGCUCAACAAGAUUGAAGUAAGUUUUCGUGAGCUACAGAAAUUAAAUCAAGAAAAGAAUAAUCGAGAAUUAUAUUCAAUUGAAGUGUUGGAACUCUUCUGAUAUUACCAGUUCUCCUUCAUGGAUGUUUUUAUGAAGCUCUUUUAUGUGAAUUCUCCCUACUCAUCCAGGCAAGAGACAUGUUUUGUUUUCGACUCUGUCAGUAGCGAGAGAAACAUGACGGCGAGGACCUGGAGCGUCGCUCGCUGAGCUGGUGCUGGGCGGACGGCAGGCUUCCUGUGAACAUAUUCCAGUGGGUGGACCUUGGUGGGGAGAGCUUCUGACACUUUUUUAAAUAUGUAACUGAGCUGAUUUUAAGUCAACUUAUUUGUGUAUUGAUAAAAGUCUCAUUUCUUAUCA